AGAAAAACCAUGACUUGCAAUUUCCUGCAAGUAGUCCCUAUGCUCUAUUAUUAACAUGAGUACGUUAAAGGAUGUCACCACCGCAUUGCAGGGGCGUAAAUUGUAGGGUCAACGUCAACGCAAUCGUGCGGUACGUUGCCCGCUGCGUCAAGUCGCUCGGGUGGCGCGGGUUACGACAUUACCUACUGAAAAACGUAACCGCCCCACUGCUCAGGCUACAUGCUACUGGGCUAGGGCUGGACAGCCUGUUCAUUGAUAAUCUGGUCGCGAUGAACGCCGCGCGGUGCUAUACGGCGAUGCCGGGGCCCAAGCCCCUCCCUCUCUUUGGGAAUUCUUGGCGAUUCGCCUUAGGACAAAAACCAUGGCAGACAAAAGCUUUGGACAUCACGCUGUGGACUCUGAGAUCUUUAGCUGGUGACAGAGGAGCCGCUAAAGUGGCCAAGCUGUUCGGACAUCCGGACUUGGUAUUCCCAUUUUGCGCUGAGGAAACCGCGCGAGUUUACAGACGAGAAGAUUCGAUGCCGUACAGAGCUGUAGCACCGUGUCUUAGGCAUUACAAGAAUGAGCUGAGAAAGGACUUUUUCGGUGAAGAGCCCGGGUUGAUAGGAGUGCACGGAGAGCCGUGGUCCCGGUUCCGGUCGAAGGUGGCGAAAGCGCUGGCGGCGCCGGAAGCCGCCCGGGCCUCGGUGCCGGCUCUGGAUUACGUAGCCGACGACUUCGUGAAAAGAAUGGAAUGCAUCGUCGAUGAUAACCGGGAACUACCUACAGACUUCCUUAGCGAAUUGUACAAAUGGGCGCUUGAAUCGGUCGGAGCCUGGGCUUUAGGCACAAGGCUAGGUUGUCUCAGCGACGAUGAUAAAGAAGCGAAAGAAAUAAUAAGAUGCAUACAUGGAUUCUUUCACAGCGUUCCUAUCUUAGAAUUAUCUGCUCCAGUAUGGAGAUUAUACUCUACCCCGGCAUAUAAAACUUAUGUUGAAGCUCUGGACGCCUUUCGGUCACUCUGUUUGAAAAGACUGACUGACAAAGGCGUAUGUGCUCAAGUAGCGGCGAAAUGUGGCGAAAAAGUAGCUACAAUUUUAGCAUUGGAUUUGCUGUUGGUUGGCGUCGAUACGACGGCGGCCGCGGCUGCCAGUACCAUGUAUCUUUUGGCGAAUAACGCCAGAACUCAGAGAAGGCUGCAAGAUGAAUUGGAUACAAAUCUACCGACGGACAGAGUUUUAACGAGCAAAGACUUGGACCGACUUCCGUAUCUCCGGGCGUGUAUCAAAGAAGCUUUGCGAAUCAAACCCGUUAUAUUGGGCAACGGACGGUGUAUACAAUCGGACGCCGUAAUCUCUGGAUACGAAGUGCCUAAAGGGUGUCACGUCGUUUUUCCGCAUUAUAUCCUGUCGAACGAAGAGCGCUAUUUCCCGUCGCCACAGGAAUACGUUCCCGAGAGGUGGCUGAGGGAUGACGUCACGGACAAAACCACCGCAAGCAUCGACCAACGGUGUCCCGUCACUGGAUCUGGCCAUGAUGAAAGUGGGAAGCAAGAUUCAUUGUGCGAACACGAUAAGGCUCAGAAAGUGUGGAGCAAGCAGAAAGAAAUCGGGAUACACCCUUUUGCGUCUCUGCCGUUCGGCUUCGGCCGGCGGAUGUGCAUCGGUAAAAGAUUUGCAGAGGCUGAAUUGCAGUUAUUAUUGGCAAAGACUUUUCAUCGCUACGAAGUGUCAUGGCGCUACGGAGAGCUGACGUACAGCGUGACUCCAACUUAUGUGCCUAACGAGCCCCUUCAGUUCACUCUCAGCCCCAGAAAUGAACCGCUUAAAGAGUAGAUUAUCUAUCUUUUACGCAG